CCCGCUAAGAAGAAGAAGAAUUGUUCACGUGUUGAGGUGAAAUGAAAUCAAAUAACGCCUUUCGUCUCUUCCACUACGAUGUUACUUAUGUCAUUAUUAGAAGGACGGACUAAAUAAAUGGUUAAGAAAAAGGCCUGUCAAAAUGUAUCGUCAUCUAUCUACAGAAUAAGUGGCCUGAAGAGGAAAAAUGGGGCGUUCGUCCAAAGACAAGCGUGAUAUAUACUACAGACUUGCGAAAGAGGAAGGCUGGAGAGCGAGAAGUGCCUUCAAACUUCUUCAGCUGGAUGAGGAGUUCAACCUUUUUAAAGGUGUGAGUCGUGCUGUGGAUCUGUGUGCAGCACCUGGUAGCUGGAGCCAAGUCCUGAGCCGCAAACUCCGUGGGAAGGACAAGAGUGAGGAGGUGAAGAUUGUUGCGGUGGACCUGCAAGCUAUGGCCCCCUUGCCAGGUGUCACACAAAUUCAGGGAGACAUUACUAAGAUUUCUACAGCACAGGAGAUUGUUCGUCAUUUUGAAGGGCAGUCUGCAGAUUUGGUUGUGUGUGAUGGCGCACCUGAUGUUACAGGGCUUCAUGAUGUAGAUGAGUACAUUCAGGCACAGCUCCUGUUAGCUGCUCUGAAUAUUACCACUCAUGUCCUCAAACUAGGUGGCAACUUUGUGGCAAAAAUCUUCAGGGGAAAAGAUGUGACCCUCUUGUACUCGCAGCUCAAGAUCUUUUUUAGUUCUGUAACCUGCGCCAAACCACGCAGCAGCCGCAACUCCAGCAUAGAGGCAUUUGUGGUGUGUCAGAAUUAUUCCCCACCCGAAGGUUAUGUUCCCAACAUGUCCAAUCCCUUACUGGAUCACUCAUAUGAUGUAGACUUUAACCAGUUAGAGGGACCAAACCGAAUAAUAGUCCCAUUCCUCGCUUGUGGAGAUCUUAGCGCCUUUGAUUCAGACAGGACUUAUCCGCUUCAGCUCGAUUCCUCUAAAGAGUAUCAGUAUCUACCACCCACCCAGCCUCCGAUUCGGCCUCCCUACCUGCAAGCCUGUCAGCUCCGCAAGAAUAACCUGUUAGCCAAAGAGGACUCACCCUCCGGUGCGCUUGAUGAUGCUCUGUCUUCUUUAGACCUCAACACGAGUCAGGACCCAAACACGGUGACAUCAGAAACACACUAACGUCAUUGAACAUUUUGAUUUGUACAGCUAGCCUUCUAUGUUAUAAUCUCUAUUGUUUUAUUGUGAGUGAACAACAGCUCUUUUUAAAGUUUUCAAGAGGCUGCUUAUAAAAUUCAUUUUAUGUAUUUAUCAAUAGAACAAAGCCCUUUGUGACUUCACCUAAAAAUCAGAAAAACAUGACAAAUAUUCUUGGUAAAACUUUACAAACAGGUUCCAUUUAUAAACAUGAGUUAUGCAUUAUGAGCUAUAUAUUUUUUAAUAAUUUAUUCAGCUUUAAUGUUAGUUCAUAUCAAUACAAUUUUUGUGCAACUAAUGUUAGCAGAUACAAAUCUACAUUUUUAAAAUCUUGAAAUUGACAUUAAAAUGCCAUAGAAACACUAUAUUUUUCAUUGUUCAUGCUAGUAAUUUAGUUUACUAAUGUAAUGAAUUGGAACCCUAUAAUUAAGUGUU